AAUGGCGGACGAAGAAGAUCCUUCAGAAACUGAUCUGGUUGAUGAGCCAUCUACUAGCUCUGAAAGUGCCAGCGGAAAGCGUAAAAGACUUUUCCAUAAGGAAUUAAGAUGUAUGAUGUAUGGUUUUGGAGAUGACCAGUGCCCUUACACAGAAUCUGUUGACUUUCUUGAAGACCUUGUUAUUGAGUACAUUACAGAAAUGACAUUGAAAGCAAUGGAGGUAGGGAAAAAAGGAAAAGUUCACUGCGAAGACAUUGUGUUUCUAAUAAGAAAAGAUCCCAAGAAAUAUGCCAGGGUCAAGGAUCUUCUUACUAUGAAUGAAGAAUUGAAAAAGGCCAGAAAAGCUUUUGAUGCUGAAAGUUAUGGGGAAUUACCCUAAACAACACUAACUAUACAUUAUCAUCACCUUACAGCAAUAUUUAUAAACAACCCCUGAUAAUGACAAUAUUCGUAUCCUGGACAAAAUGGGUGAUAAAAAGAUAGCCAAUAAAAAGCAACAACAAAAGCAACUGAAAAAUGUCAACUACACUGUAGUGCAGAAAGCCUGCAAUUCUUGUUGUKGUCACUUUGAACAAAACAUAAAGAAUUGACAUAAAACUCAUUGAAAGC